AUGGCGUCCAACUCCAAGUAUCAGCCUGCGCCGCAGCAGGACCCGGACGGCUACACCCACGCGCCCCCCGCCUACGCCCACGCCGAACCCUCCGCCUCGGCCCGCGACGAGACCCAGGGCCUGUUUGGCGCCCCGCGCAGCAGCGAGGAUAACCUGCCGGAUGACUUCAAGUUUGGUGGCUCCGUCGCCGAAGCCACCGUCGAUAUCCGCAACCAGUUCAUCCGAAAGGUCUACACCAUCCUCACCGUCCAGCUGCUCGCCACCGCCGGCGUCAGCGCCCUCACUUUCUUCAGCCACUCCUACAAGAUAUGGAUCCAGAGCCACCCGGCCCUCGUCUGGGGUUCCCUCUUCGGCUCGCUCAUCUUCCUGGGCCUCACCUACUGGAAGCGCAAGUCGUAUCCGACCAACCUGCUCUUCCUCUCCCUCUUCACCGUGGCCGAGGCCUACACGAUAUCCGUCAUUGUCUCCUUCUACAAGACGUCCAUUGUCCUCAACGCCGUGAUUCUCACGGCCGGCAUCUUCAUCUUUCUCACCGCCUUCGCCUGCCAGACCAAGUACGACUUCACCUCGUGGAUGCCCUACCUCUUCGGCGCACUCUGGGGUCUCGUCCUCUUCGGUCUCGUCUCCAUGUUCCUCCCUUACAAUUCCACGGCCGAGCUCAUCUACGGCGGCCUCGCCGCCCUCAUCUUCAGCGCCUACAUCCUCGUUGAUACCCAGCUCGUCCUGCGCAAGCACCACGUCGAAGAGGAGAUUGCCGCCGCCAUCAGCCUCUACCUCGACAUCAUUAACCUCUUCCUCGCCAUUCUGCGCAUUCUUAACGGGCAGUCGAAUAACUGA